CACUUUAAGGACAGCAACGCACACUUUAACAGAGAAACUGGUGGCUUCUCUCAGUGUGGGCUGGUUUUAAGAGUUGUUAGGUGGUGUUGAUCUUCCUAAACCAACGGAACCGGAUCCGCACUGAUCCUGCAGGAUGGCUGGGUUAUCUGUAACUGUCAGGCUGUGUUGUUUGGACCGCAGGCUGAGUUCAGGAGCAGCCAGAACGAUCCGUGCAAAAGGUUUCGGUCCAAGAAGCUUGCAUCUGUAUCCGGUUGAAAGUUAAGUAGCUUUGUUCAGAUAUGUCACCUGUUCAGGUGACAUGUUUUUGUAAAUAAACCAGGAUCUGCAUCUGUUUCCUCAGGCUUUUACAAAAUCAAAGCAGAGAAAAAUAGGAAAAGUGUAAUCAACACUGCAGGCUAUCUUUUCCUAAAAAGGCUCCACUCUAAAGCUCCUCUGAAUCCCUGCGAAGUUCAGUGAAGUCAAACAGAAGCCGUUGUUCCAGAGGAUAAUAAGCAGAGGACUUUUCUCUCGUGGUGAAGGUGAAUCUGUGCAGCCACAGACUCUGCAGGAUGUCGCCAAAAACAUCCAAGAGCAGCGGUACAGAAGGGUUGUGGUGAUGGCCGGAGCGGGGAUCAGCACUCCGAGUGGCAUCCCAGAUUUCAGUGUUUUCCGGACCUGCAGGUCUCCAGGCAGCGGUCUGUAUGAUAACCUGCAGCAGUACGACCUCCCGUACGCCGAGGCCAUCUUCGAAAUCGGAUUCUUCCAUCGAAACCCUAAUCCCUUCUUUGCCUUGGCCAAAGAGCUGUAUCCGGGUAAUUACCUGCCAAACCUGACACACUACUUCGUUAGCCUGCUCCACAAGAAGGGCCAAUUGCUUCGGAUGUACACACAGAACAUCGACGGGCUGGAGAGACUGGCAGGAGUUCCUCCGGAGAUGCUGGUGGAGGCCCAUGGAACGUUUGCCACGGCCACCUGCACCUUGUGCCUGCAGAAAUAUGACGGCGAGGAUCUCCGACCGGCAGUGAUGAGCGGGACCGUCCCUCAGUGUCCCACCUGUAAGGGCGUAGUGAAGCCUGACAUUGUGUUUUUCGGGGAGGAGCUUCCACUGCAUUUCUUCAAGUACCUGACAGACUUCCCGCUGGUGGACCUGCUGAUCAUCAUGGGAACGUCACUGGAGGUGGAGCCGUUUGCCAGCCUGGCAGGAGCCGUGCGCAGCACUGUGCCUCGCCUACUCAUCAACAGGGACCUGGUGGGGCCUUUUGCGUGGGGCCUGCGGCCCCAUGACGUCGUGCAGCUGGGCGACGUGGUCGGCGGCGUGAAGACCCUCGUCGACGCUCUCGGUUGGACUCGGGAGCUGGAAGCUCUGAUGGCUGCUGGCAAUCAGAAAGUUUGUUCAUGAUUCUUUUGGGUUUUGUUGUUGGACCCUUGGUCCUGUUAACGAGCUCAGAGUUUUUCAUCUAAGCUGGUUUAGUUCUGAUGUUCAGGUCGUUAUUCAAGAAGCUGAGCAGAAAGCUGCAGAACUCUGUUUUAUUUGCUCCCUGUAACAACUGCUGUUCACUGCUUUCUAUUCUACUGUCUUUACUUUCACUCUUAUACUGUUUUAUUUAAAUGAAAAAAAUCUAAUGUACUUCAUUCAAGUUUCUGUAAAGUUCAGUAAAAUCUAUUAUUUAACCGUCUUGAAUAUGUUCGGAUUUUGUUCUUUUGUUGCCAGGUUUUUUAAACAUCAAGCAACGUUAAACAGGAAAUCAAAAUGUUUCAGCUCCUUCAUCACGGGAAAUGUUUGCAUUUAACAAGCUUUUACUUAAAUACAGACAUUUUAAUAUAAAUGACUGAUCAUUCGUUAAUAAGUCAGAUAAAUGUAUUUUUGUAUUUUAGGCUGUUGGCUUCAAAUAAUUUAACUGUCGAAAUCAAGAAUUUACAGGAAGACGUCACUGUAUGAAAACACAACUAUCGUCUUUUAAAAUAAAUUAUUUUAUCUCUUUCUUUA